AUCAAAAUGAAAUUCGUUUGCGCAUCGGUGCUGCUCCUGGCCGCCAUUCUGGGCGCCCAUGCCGUGGAUUGGCAAUCCCUGAAAUCGCUGGAAAUUGAGCCCAAGCUGCCCAUGAUCCGUCGCCAUAAUGCGCCUGCAGGACGUAUUACCAGCGGUCAGGAUGCUGCUCGCAAUCAGUUCCCCUACCAGGCGGGUCUCUUGCUGUACGUGGCCGGAGGCGCUGCCUGGUGCGGUGGAACCUUGAUCAGCAACCGGUAUGUGGUUACCGCGGCUCACUGCACGGACAGCCUGACCACCGGUGUGGAUGUCUAUCUGGGCGCCUGGGAUCGCACCAACGCGAAGGAGGAGGGCCAGCAGAUCAUCUUUGUGGAGACAAAGUACGUGACUGUUCAUGAGAACUGGGACGCCACCACGCUCAGCAAUGACAUUUCCGUCAUUAAGCUGCCCGUGCCCAUUGAGUUUAACGAGAACAUUCAGCCCGCCAAGCUGCCAGCCAAGUCCAACACCUACAACACCUACGCCGGCGAACAGGCUAUUGCCUCCGGCUGGGGCAAGAUCUCCGACUCCGCGACGGCCGUCCACGACAUCCUGCAGUACAUUACUGUGCCCAUCAUGAGCAACUCCGGCUGCUCUCCCUGGUACGUCGGUGCUGUGUCCAGCACCAACAUCUGCAUCAAGACAACCGGCGGCACUUCCACCUGCAACGGUGACUCUGGUGGUCCGUUGGUGCUUGCCGAUGACAGCAACACCUUGAUUGGUGCCACCUCCUUUGGUAUUGCUCUGGGCUGCGAGGUUGGCUGGCCAGGUGUCUUCACCCGCAUCACCUCUUAUGUGGACUGGAUCGAGGAGCACACCGGCGUGGUUAACAACGGCGUCUAAAUGUUGCUUAGCAUAAAAUAAAAAGAAUUUAAAUGCAUA